GGCCGCGCGCGGUCAUAGAAGGCGGAGCCGGUGGGGAAAAGGAAAGCGAGAGCGAGCCGCCCGGACCCGGCAGGCGGGCAGCGGUAGCGGCAGCGGCAGCGGCAUUGGCGGUGCACGGUUACUAGAAGAAAUGGCCAAUCAUCGUCCACCAAGUUUUUUUAUAGAAGAACUUAAUGUAUACUGUCAGAAGCACAACAUGGUACUUAAGUAUCAGGAACUGUCUAAGACAGGACCUCCACAUAACUUAAGGUUUAAAUACCAAGUUAUCAUAGAUGAGAGAGAAUAUCCAGAAGCUGAAGGUAAAUCGAAGAAGGAGGCCAGAAAUGCUGCAGCCAAAUUGGCGAUUGAAAUACUUAAUAAAGAAAACAAGGCAGUUAGUUCUGUAUCACUGCCAACAACACAUUCAUCAGAAGGAUUAGGAUUAGGAUCCACUGGGAAUUUCAUAGGCCGUAUCAAUAGGCUUGCCCAGAAGGAACAACUGUCUGUAAAUUAUGAACAAUGUGAAUUGAAAGAACCUGGGCCUGAAAGAUUUCAUUAUAGAUGCAAAAUUGGACAGAAAGAAUACGGUAUUGGUGUAGGUAGUACUAAGCAAGAAGCCAAACAGUCAGCCGCUAAGCUUGCAUAUGAGCAGAUACUUUCAGAGAAAACCUCAAUGAAAGCUGACUCGGUAUUAGCUGGUUCUUUGAUUACUUCGCCUGGUGACUCUGGAAGCAACACUUUGGUGAAAAGCAUAUCUGCUUCUGAAUCACCAUCUGAAAAUGAUUUCUUGGAAAAUUCAUCAGGAGGAAGUUGUGACAGGGGCCGUGUAAACAAUUCUUCAUCUCCUAUGGACAAUGUCAGAAAUAGUGAAAAGAAGGUGAAAAGAAGUUUGGCACCUACAUUUAACUCUCCUGUGACAAAAGACAGCAGGUGUUCUGUGGAACUCAGGUUUACCAGCGAUUUUACAGAAAUAGAACCGAUUGGCUCAGGUGGAUAUGGCCAAGUUUUCAAAGCAAAACACAGAAUUGAUAGGAAGACUUACGUUGUUAAACGUGUUAAAUAUGAUAGCGAGAAGGCAGAGCGUGAAGUAAAAGCUUUGGCAGCUCUCGAUCACCCAAAUAUCGUUCACUACUACAGCUGCUGGUUUGGCGAUGAUUACCAUUCUGUGGACAGCAUUAACACUUCAAGACCAAAGACUAAGUGCCUUUUCAUCCAAAUGGAAUUCUGUGGUAAAGGGACAUUGGAGCAAUGGAUUGACAGCAGAAGAGGCCAGACACCAGACAAACAUUUGGCUUUGGAAUUGUAUGAACAAAUAACAGCAGGUGUGGAUUAUAUACAUUGCCAACAGUUAAUCCAUAGAGACCUUAAGCCAGGUAACGUGUUUUUGGUAGAUACAAAACAAGUAAAGAUAGGAGACUUUGGACUUGUGACAUCCCUGAAAAAUUACGCAAAUCGGACAAGGAAUACAGGAACUCUUCGGUACAUGAGCCCAGAACAGAUUUCUUUACAAGAAUAUGGAAACGAAGUGGACAUCUUUGCUUUGGGGCUAAUUCUCGCGGAACUCCUUUACAUAUGUCCCACUGUUUCAGAAACAUUACAGAUUUUUAAAGAGCUAAGGGACGGCAAGUUCUCAGAUGUAUUUGAUGGCAGAGAAAGAGAGUGCACAGAGGAGGGCAGAGACAGAGAGAGACAGAGAGAAUCCCAAAGAGAUUUUUUGCCCAAUCUGGACUUUCAUUUAAAUGGAAUCAUACAAUAUGUGGUCUUUUCCAUUUAGCAGAAUGGUUUUGAGGUUCAUCCAUGUUGUGGCAUGGAUCAGGACCUCCUUCCUUUUUAUGGCCAACUAAUAAUCAAUUCUAUGGCUCUGUCACAAUUUAUUUAUCCAUUCAUCAGUUGAUGGACAUUUGGGUUGUUUCCACUUUCCUGCUAUUAUGAACAAUGCUACUAUGAAUAUUCAUGUGCAAGUUUUAUGUGGAUGUAUGUUUUCAUUUCUCUUGGGUAAAUACUGGGAGUGAAAGUGCUGGGUUAUAUUGUAACCCUUUCCUCAUAACUUCACGUAUUGAAAUGACACUCAGAAUCAAAUUCAGUGUGACUUCAUCAUGUUCCACUGUCCCCCACCCAGAAUGGAACUGUUUCCUAGUUCUGCUCUUGUCCAGUGCCUCAGUAUUAUGCUUACCAAUUUGCCUUGGGAGCUCAGUUUUUCUUGUGCGGCUCUUUCAAUGAAUUUAAAGCAGGGACAGGCUCUCUCAUUUUUGUUUACCCCAAGGCAGUGAGCCUACUGACCUGCAUAAAGCAGGAACUCUGUAAGUGCUUUUGAAUCGGUGGGAAAUAAAAGUAUUAAGGAUUUCAUACGCUUGAUCCUACAAAAUGUGUCUAAUACUAAAUAAUAAUGUUCACUUUCAAAUUUCAACAGUUAAAUGGCAAAUAACACUAAAAGUAUUUAAGGGAAACAAAUUUUGUAUAUUAAAGUCUAUUCAUUUUGAACUGUAGAAGCUCCAGUAUUUUGGAUUUAUAUUUUAGGAAAAUGAAAGACUUUAGAAAUUAUAGAUUGGACUUUGAAAAUAAACAAAGCACUCAAAAAAAAAAAAAAGAAAAGGAAACAAAGCACAAUAUAAAUAAAAGUAAAUGACAACACGACAUAUGUUUCAAAUUUUACAUAAAUUUCACUGAAGCAAAUUCAAAUUCCCUAAAGCAAAUUUAAAAAUUCUAAUGUUUUGCUUAUCUUGGUUUUCAUUAUUGUCUAGUUUUGAAAUCAGUAAAGGCUUAUGUUAAUAAAAAUAAUUUUUUACUCAUA